ACGUACGGGCCACUACAGGAGCGUCCAAAUUCAUCCAACUAGAAACAUUUCUACUCUAUUUUUUUCCUUUCCCGCGGCGGAUAGAAGGCCAAGUACUGGUGGUUUAAAGAAACCCCCCCGAGCGUCGAGCGAUGGUGGGUUCCGCGCCUGUGAUCGGCAUCGACCUGGGAACAUCCUUCUGCUGCGUGGCUGUCUAUCAGACCCACCCUGAAGAAAAAGUGGAGAUUAUAGCAAACGACCAAGGCCAUCGGACAACGCCUUCGUUCGUUGCCUUCGACGACACGGACUCUUUGGUGGGCGAGGCGGCGCAAACCUGCGGGAGGAGAGAGCCUGAGCAAUGCAUUUACGAGGUUAAGCGGUUGAUGGGACGGGCGUACAAGGAUGUGAACGUGGAGCUAGACAGAACGGCGUGGCCUUUCAAGGUCGAGAAGGGUCCGUCUAGCGAGGUUCUGGUGGGGGUGGACAGAGUGCCGCGAAAGUUUCCUCGGUCGCUGUUUAAACCGGAGGAGAUCUCUGCGAUGCUGCUAAGGAAGAUGAAGAAAAUCGCCGAAGACCACACCAACGAGAAGGUCACCGACGCUGUGAUCACCGUUCCCGCUUAUUUCAACAACAGCCAACGGGAGGCGACAAUAAUAGCGGCAAAGGCGGCGGGACUGAACGUGUUGCGAUUGAUGAACGAGCCGACGGCGGCGGCGCUGGCGUACGGGCAUUUAAAGAAGAUAGGAGCGGGAUCUGUGGGGAAGAGAAUCUUGGUAUUUGAUCUCGGAGGCGGCACGCUCGACGUGUCCAUCAUCACGGUCAAUGGGCGGGGUGACGAUCCGAACAAUUUCUUGGUUAGCGCCGUCGCCGGCGACGGGCAUUUGGGCGGGGCGGAUUUCGACAAGCGCCUGCUUGAACAUUUGGGCGGGGAAUUCCGGAGAAGGACCGGGGUGGACGUUCUGAGCGACAGAAGGGCGUGUGCGAGACUGAAGGAGGAGGCGGUGAAGGCGAAGCUCACGCUCUCGUCGCUCAAGCAUACGGAGGUAGAAUUGCACCACAAGCAAUACGAGGAGUAUAUAAAAUUGACCCGCGUUACCUUCGAAAGGCUGAACGAGGACUACUUCGCCCGCUGUCUUGAGAUAGUACAGAAAGCGCUCACCGACGCACGAAUUACCAAGAAUGGCAUAUCGCAGGUGCUCCUCGUUGGGGGCUCAACCCGGAUCCCCAGGGUCCAACAAAUGCUGAGGGACUUCUUCGGGAACGAGCCGCUGAAAACGCUGAAUGCGGACGAGGCGGUUGCGUACGGAGCCGCCGUGUAUGCUAACUACUUGUCUAAUCUAUGCGCAGAGGCCCAUGGUCUGGCGCUGGAGGGCCCGACGGCGGGCGCAAUUGGCGUCAAGGACGUGACGCCCCGAAGCAUCGGCGUGAAGUUGGCCCUCGGUCAAAUGCACGUGCUUAUACCGAGGAACACGCCGUUACCAGCGACAGCGUCGGAGUCCUUCUCCCUGGCGGCGGACGAUCAAACGACGGUCAGAUUUGAGCUGUACGAGGGCGAGCGCGCGUUAACCAGGCGGAACCGGUACCUGGGCAAGUUUGAGCUGCGGGAUUUCAUCCCCACGCAAGCGACUGGCCAGGCGGCAACCAAGUUAACCGUGAAUAUUGACGAGGACGGAAUUCUUCUCGCGGUGGCGGAGGCGACACUUAAUCAUGCCAACAAGGGAGAAACGGCGGAUUUGACAAUCAACAGUCGAAGAGGAACGCUGAACAUCGAAGAAAUGCACACGAGGGAGCAGGAGACGAGGAUGGAGGAGGGGGAGGAGGAGGAGGAUGCGGCAAUCAGGGAGGCAUUCGAGCAACGAGGCAAUUUGCGCCGUGCGGCGCUGGAGAUCCGUCAGCGGGUGCCUUCCAUGAGCUGGUGGGCCGGCUUACAAGCGUCGAAAAAAGUGAGCAAAGUGGUAGAUUGGCUGAAAAACGAACAACAGGUGUCCACGAAGGAGGUGUAUGAAAAGAAGCUUAGAUCGCUUGAGAGAUUCCGGCGAUAGUUAUGGCACUCGCCUCCCUACCUAGUGUGGUUAGUUUCGACGGGAGCCUGCUUCUUGCAAAACUCCCUUCUUUUCUACCCCAAUCCCUUUCCCACCCCCCCUUUCCCGAUCUCAUUGUCACUGCGGCCUAUCCCGAUUCAUAACUUUAUUUUAUUUAUUAUUAUUAUUAUUAUUAUUAUUAUUAUUAUUAUUGUUAUUAUUAUUAUUAUUAUUAUUAUUAUUAUUUACUUUUUCUGAAAAGAUGCUCGUUUGGAUUGGCUAGGAGCCUCACUUGUUGGGGGAAUGAAACGGGUCCGGUAUC